AAACAAACAAACAAACACCCACUCCUGUCGUCUUUGUUUAGGUGGUGACAAUUUGGAUCUCUCGGAAUGGAGAAUUAUCAGAAAAUCGAAAAAAUUGGUGAAGGUAGAUUCCCCCCCUCCUCAUCUAUCACUUUUCUCUUGGGGAUUUUGCGUUUCGCAACACUGCAAAGUCCCCUUCUGCGACACCGCAGACGUAACCCCACCUGCACGCCCUUGCGAGGCGAGACUUUAUGGGAAUCACUAACUCAAUUCAUUUUAACUAGGAACCUACGGGGUUGUUUACAAGGCCAAGGAUCUCAAGAACAAUAACCGUAUCGUUGCGUUGAAAAAGAUUCGUCUCGAAGCCGAAGAUGAGGGUGUUCCGUCUACCGCCAUUCGCGAGAUUUCCCUUUUGAAGGAAAUGUCUGAUCCCAACAUUGUUAAGCUUCUUAACAUCGUACAUGCCGAUGGCCAUAAGCUCUACCUGGUCUUUGAGUUUUUAGAUCUCGAUUUGAAAAAAUAUAUGGAAGCAAUUCCAUCAGGCAUGGGUUUGGGAACCGACAUGAUAAAGAGGUUCAUGAGCCAGCUGGUCGAAGGCGUGAGAUACUGCCAUGCGCACAGGAUCCUGCAUAGGGAUUUGAAGCCUCAGAAUUUAUUGAUAGACAAAGAGGGCAACUUGAAGCUGGCAGAUUUCGGGUUGGCGAGAGCCUUCGGAGUUCCCUUGAGGACAUAUACUCACGAGGUAAGAACGGCUUUCUCGGAGCUCCGUUUAGAAUACCCCUAUAUUUGGGGGCCAGCGGCUAAAACGCUUCCUCACAUUUAGGUCGUCACUCUCUGGUAUCGUUCUCCGGAAAUUCUGUUGGGUGGGAAGCAGUAUUCCACCGGUGUUGAUAUGUGGAGUGUGGGCUGCAUUUUCGCAGAGAUGUGUACUCGGAAAGCACUCUUCCCUGGUGAUUCGGAAAUCGAUGAAAUUUUCAAGAUAUUCCAGUAAGGGAUUCUCUAUCACGAAUUGAAACCGUUCCAUCUUGUCUCCCGAGCUAGGUUUGGUACUCAUCUCAUGAAUAGGUUGCUUGGAACCCCAGACGAAGAAACAUGGCCCGGCGUUACCAGCUUUCCGGAUUUCAAGCCCUCCUUUCCCCAAUGGGCAAAGGUUGACACCGAAAAAAUGGUCCCAGGACUUGAAGCAGCAGGCAUUGAUUUGCUAGAAGUACGUUUUCUCAUAUCUAGCGUGCUAUACACGCUCGUCAUACUUCCGAUACCUCCCCGGCCAGCUGACAGCUGACACGUAUUAAAAUAAUUGACAGGCCAUGCUCGUGUAUGAUCCUGCGGGUCGCAUAUCAGCCAAGCAAGCUUGCCACCAUGACUACUUCAUCGCAGAGGACGGCACCAAUUGGAACAAUGGGAGACCAAACAGCCGGUUCCAAGGCCGAUGAUUUUGUCUUAUGUUUACGUUUACUUGUCAAUGGAUAUGAUGGAACGGCCGAGAUGAUAUCAGAAUAAAGUAGCAGAACCACAGGGUUGUGAUUGGGUGGCGAGUGCUUGAACCAACAAACUUCAUUAGAAAGCUUUCCUUAAAUUCUUUUUUUGCGACUUGUGUUCGCGACAAGGGGUAGCCAGGGAAACACGAACGAUUAAAGCUCAUCCUAUCGAUAAGCGCAUCAGGGGCAUCUCUAGUGUACCGAAAAAUUACUCCUCACGAAUGUUGUGGGAGCACAAUACCCUUACUGGAUGUUUAUCCUUUAUAUCUUUUCGCAAUUGUGUUUGUUAGUUGGAAUCUCUAGAUUUGCUGUCGUG